UGUGCGGCGUAUUUUAUAGUAGUAUUUCUUUUGCUACAAAAUUGAUAAACAUUUUGAGCCUACGCGUUUUCAAAACUUUCUGAAUCUAAACUAAUUUGCAAGCGCUGGAAACCUGGUUUUGACAUCGCCUCUCUUGCUUCUCCGUCUUCCUUUCAACUAACCAUUCCUUGAGACGCUGGAAGGCUUCGCGAUUCAACUCAGCUCAUCUUCUUUUUCUUGCAAAACUCAGUCUGGGUUCUUUUGUUUCCGUGCGAGUCGUCCUCGAUUAGCAACAAUAAUGAAAAGGAACUGGAAUUUCAGUCAGUUCGGGGAUCAUCGGGGGCUUUUCCCCUUUUUGGUGGUUUGGUUGCUCUUCCAGUGCUUGGGUCUGUGCUGCUCUUUAAAUGACGAAGGUAAUGCGCUCUUGAAGUUGAGGCAGAGGAUAGUGAGCGACCCUCUUGGUGCUUUGUCAAAUUGGAUGGAUGAAGGAGAAGUUGACCCGUGCAAUUGGUUCGGAGUUCAGUGCGUAGAUGGAAGAGUGGUGGUUUUGAAUUUGAAAGAUCUUUGCCUUGAAGGAACUCUGGCACCUGAGCUUGCGAACCUUGCUCAUAUGAAGUCCAUUAUUCUGCGAAAUAAUUCAUUCUAUGGGAUCAUCCCAGAAGAAAUUACCAAAUUGAAAGAGUUGGAGGUUUUGGAUUUGGGAUACAACAACUUCAGCGGAUCUCUGCCAGCAGAUCUUGGGAGUAAUAUCUCUCUAGCCAUCCUUUUGCUGGACAACAAUGAGCUUCUUGGUGGGUUCUCGCCCGAAAUUAAUGAACUGAAGAUGCUCUCUGAAAGUCAAGUGGAUGAAAACCAGCUAACUAAUGCAGCUAAACUGCCAUCUUGUGCAAGCAGAUCCAUUCCAAGGAAUGUUGUUGGCCAAGAUAGUGGAGUUCUGCGAACACUACUGGAAAUUAAAAAUCCUUUAAAUCGUGAAGCUGGUCCCUCUCAUAGCCCUGCCCCUGCUCCAUCUCCAUCCCCUUUACCUGACCCUCCGUCAACAUCCCCAACUCCUUCGGCAGUACCACCAGUAACAUCAAAUAAAACUUCCCCUCAUCGAAAUUCUUCUGCUGCAUCUCCUUCUCAAAAAAUACCUGAAGCAAGAUCUAAAAGUUCCCCAAAAAAUUAUGUUGCAAUUUUGGCUGGAGGCAUAGGUGGUGGUGUAUUUCUUCUUAUUUUAAUUGCUGGCAUAUGCGUCUAUAGAACCGACAAAGUUGCUACUGUCAAACCUUGGGCAACUGGACUAAGUGGACAGCUUCAGAAGGCAUUCGUAACUGGUGUGCCAAAGUUAAAAAGGUCCGAGCUUGUAGCAGCAUGUGAAGAUUUUAGCAAUGUAAUUGGUACUUCACCAAUUGGAACAGUGUACAAAGGGACUUUAUCUAGCGGAGUUGAAAUUGCUGUAGCUUCUGUUACUGUGACAUCAUUGAAGGAUUGGUCAAAGACUUUAGAAGUACAGUUCAGGAAAAAGAUUGAUAUGUUAUCAAAAGUGAAUCACAAGAAUUUUGUCAAUCUACUUGGAUAUUGCGAGGAAGAGGAGCCUUUCGCCAGAAUGCUGGUUUUUGAAUAUGCGCCGAAUGGAACACUAUUUGAACAUUUACACAUAAAAGAAGCUGAGCACUUGGAUUGGGUUACAAGACUUAGAAUUGCAAUGGGCAUGGCAUACUGCCUGCAAUAUAUGCACCAGCUGGACCCUCCCGUAACCCUUAGCAAUAUGAACUCUUCCUCCAUCUUUCUCACCGAGGACUAUGCUGGGAAAAUCGCAGAUUUGAGUUUCUCAUAUGAAACAGCAUCACCUGAGACGAAGACAAAGGGCAGAAAACACACUGAUGAUCCAUUAGCAAGUCGACCGAGCAACGUCUAUGACUUCGGUGUUGUGCUAUUUGAAAUGGUAACAUCCAGAGUCCCUUAUUCAGUUGAUAAUAGCUCACAUGAAAACUGGGCAUCAGAUUAUUUACAAGGAGACCGUCCCUUGAGAGAAAUGGUGGAUCCAACUCUAACCUCUUUCCAAGAAGAGAAGCUAGAGCACGUUGCUGAAUUGAUCAAAUCUUGUGUUCAUCCUGAUGCAAAGCAAAGACCAAGUAUGAAAGAUGUUAGUACGAGGCUGAGAGAAAUAACAAACAUAACAGCGGAUGCAGCAGUGCCAAGACUUUCUCCACUUUGGUGGGCAGAGCUUGAGAUUUGUUCAGCAGAUGGAAGCUAAAUGAUAGGGACUUUCAGAUUGUAAAGUAAGGAGGUUUGAAUAUUCAGUGAUCUUUUUUCUGUCGGUGAAGGCGCAAAGAGUACUCACCUGAAGGUUGAUACAUGUAUGUAGUUUUCACGAUUGCAAAUUUACAUGUAUAUAAGGAGAUAUAAGCGACAUGUGGUGAA